AUGUCGUCCAUACCCAUCAUUGUGGUGGUCGACAUUAACAUCGAAGAACUGGUUGCGCUGGCCAUAGACAUGCCCGAGAUUGUGCUGGAUGCCGGCAUCGACACCGAGCCUGUUAAGCUCGUCAUUAACAUAUCUAUGGCUAACAAUUCGAGGAAUUGGAACGAAGACGAUGUUUUCGCAGGUUUAAGAUGCAGCAGCGCAAAACAAUACGGCGGCGAGCCCUCUCAACCAUACUCUGACAGCUGGUUGGCUCUGGCGCGCAUGCCGUUCCUCUUCGCGACCGCAAGCAAGGCAGACCGGAUCACGCUGGUGACCGGAGUUACACAUGAGAAACUUCAUGUCUUCCACCAAUGGAUCGCAUACGCCUCCUUCGUCCUGGCACUGACGUAUACAUUUCCGUACAUUGUCUGGCAUGUUCGAAAUCACGACAUGGCCAAUCAGGUUACUGUUAGCAACAUCUUCGAAUACUGCAUCGGCAUUGUUGCCCUGGUCUUCCAAGUGAGCUCAAUUUUGGGUCCUGGGAUCCGAUUUGGUGAGCAACCUGGUCGUAGCGAUGCCAUUUGA